AUGCGAGAGACGAUAGUCUCAUUCUCCCUCCACGUCGACAUGCCUUACCCAUUCGAGAUUCUAAGCGUGGAUCAGUUCGAUCUCGUGGGAUCCAUCCUCUCCCGCGACUUCGAACGCUACCUUUCUACUGUGGACCCAUAUUUUACUCGGUUUCGCAGCGUUAGCAAGUGGGUGGCGGCCCGCAAGAACGAUCUCAUAGACAACCACCCGCUCUUUUCCACCGACGACGAGGCGCAGAAGAUGGUAUACAGGCAGGCCAUGGAUGACAUGUUCCGCGGCCACUAUCAGUGCCUUCGAAUCCGCGAGAGACUGCACAGGCGGGUCGUCGGGGAGCGAAGUAGAGGACGAAUUUUGGCGGAACAAGUUGCACCUCGCAAGCGCGUACCAACCCCUGUGCAAGGUGAAAAAAACACGUUCGAGUCUCAAGGCUAUAAGUUCAAGAUCAGUAAGCGUCUGCAAUCCUGUUGGGUUAUGCCCUGGGAUCACUACGUGGCAUGCGGUGGCAACAUAAUCGGGGCCCAUGAGUUCAACGAUCGGAAGGAGAUGCUCGUUACGGCUAUGAUUGCGCGCGACCCCGAGUGGGUUGCCAAUCGAAGGGAUCUGCGGAACUACGUCGUAGCUCGCCCGCAGCAGUGA